AUGACGCCUUCGGUUGAUGAUAAAUCACUUCCUCCUCAUCAUAAGGAACUAAUGGAAGAAGCUGUUGCUGAAGCAUGUCGUGGAGUUGAAUGUGGAGAUGGAGGUCCGUUCGGAGCUGUUAUAGUUGAUAAAAAGGGGAACGUCGUUGCAAAAGGACAUAAUAUGGUCAUAGUUACAAAUGAUCCAACAAUGCAUGCCGAAAUGACUGCUAUCAGAAAUGCAUGUAAAGCGUUAGGAACAUUCGAUCUCUCUGGACACACUCUCUACACAUCUUGUUAUCCAUGUCCAAUGUGUAUGGGAGCAAGUCUUUGGGCGAGAUUUGAUGCAAUUUAUUAUGGUGCAACUGCUCAACAGGCAGCUGAAAUCGGGUUCGAUGACAAAGCAUUCCACGACUUCCUGAAGGAUCCAAAGACUGAUGAUAUCAGAAAACUGGAGCAUUUGGCAGCUGACAACUACCUACUUCCAUUCCAAAUGUGGUCCAACAAACCAGACAAAACUGAAUAUUGA